UGUCUUAUCCAACAGCCAGUCCCUUAUUUGUGUCACAGUCCCUUUAACAUUUAUUUGACAAAUAUCCAAGGAAAAAAGUUAAGUUUCGUUUAUCUUUAAGCCUACCCUCUCAGAGUUUUCGUGUUUGUGCCGUUAUACGACCAGCAGCGAAGGCUACACGAACGAAUUUCUUCCAGUGCUAUUGUAAAAUAAUAAUAGCCUAAUAAUAAAACCACAGCAACAACAUCAAUCAUAAAUAUACAGAAAAAUGGAAAGAAGACAGCGAAAAGGGCACAACAAAGACGAUCAGAGGACAUGUGAGACAAUUUCACAGUUGUUCGACUCUUCCACAUCAACGGAUCCCUCGAACUCUGAACUGAGGCUGGUGUUGUUAGGCAGAAGAGGGGCAGGCAAGAGUGCAACAGGAAACACCAUAUUGGGCAGCAAGCAUUUCCACUCACGGCUCAGUGCCGGCUUGGUGACUAGAGCAUGUGAGAGAGUGUGUGCCACUGUGCGAGGCAGAAAUCUGAUGGUGGUGGACACACCGGGUUUCCCCAACACUGUGCUAUCCCAGGAUGCCAUUCAACAGGAAGUGCAGAGGUGUCGUGAGCUGUGUUCACCAGGUCCCCAUGCAGUCCUGCUGAUUCUUCCUCUGGGGCGCCUCACAGAAGAGGAACGCCAGGCCAUCGACACAAUCCAGCAACUCUUCAGUAGUGAAGUGCCCAGUCGCACCAUACUCGUCUUCACCCAUGCUGACAUGCUGAAGGGAGAGUCCAUCCAAAAUUUCAUUUCCAGACAGAGUCAAAGCAUCCGGGAGCUGGUAGAGAGGUUCAGUCACGGCUUUGUAGCCAUCAACAACAGAAACCCUGAAGAUGGAAGCCAGGUGGACCAGCUGCUGAAGAUGGUUGAUAAUCUGCACAAUCAGAAUGAAGAGAGAAUGUUGCAUCUGGCCAACCUUGCCAGGCCAUUGCGAAUGGUACUUGUGGGCAGAACAGGCACGGGGAAAAGUGCCACAGGAAAUACCAUCCUGGGGGGAAAGUAUUUCCGCUCAGAACUCAGCAUGAGCUCUGUGACAGAAAAAUGCCAGAGAAAGGAUGGCACUGUGCAAGGGCAGGAUCUGAUCCUGAUUGACACACCUGGCCUGUUUGACACAUCACUCUCCCAGGAAGUUGUGCAACGCGAGAUUGUCCGGUGCCUUACGUUUUGCCUCCCUGGGCCCCAUGUAGUGCUGAUAACGAUGCGUAUCGGAGGAUCCACUGAAGAAUUCUUGCAUAGUGUCGACUUGAUCAAGAAUUUAUUCCAGGAAGACAUCAGGCACUACAUCAUUCUCAUCUUCACCCAUGCAGACCUGCUGGAUGGAACUCAAAUCCAGGACUUCAUCAGAGAAGACCCAAGACUUCUGGAGCUUGUCGAUUGGCUUGAUGAUCGCUACCUGGCCUUCAACAACAUGCAGACAGAAGACCACAGCCAGGUGUCUCAGCUGCUGGAGAUGGUUGACAGCCUUCUGGCCCGCAAUAAGAACCAGCACUUCACCAACCGCCUCUUGCAGGGGACAGAGAGGGCUCUGGCUGAGCUGCUGUCAGAGGCUAAAGCAGAGGGGGAGGGAGGAGGUGGAAGGUUCCAGAACGUUUACAGAUGGUGUCGAAGUCAUCCUUAUAUCACAGCCUCCCUUAUAGGGGCUGGAGCAAUAGGAGGGGUUCCCUUAGUGAUGAGUGCCAUGGCCCCCGCAGCAGUUGUAGAAGUUGGACUUGGAGCGCAACUGGCUAGUCUUAUGCUAUCGGUUGGCCUGGACAGCGUAGCUAUAAAUGCCAUAAUGAUGAAGCUAGCAGCUAAUGGCCUAAUAGGUGGUGCAGGGGUAGCAGGUGGGGCAACUGGGACAGGGGCAGCAGGUUUAGUGGGGGCAGUUGGGGGGGCAGUGCUUACUGCUGCUACAAAGUGUAGUAUACAGUAGUCUUGUGAUGCCGUUGUGAUUAUGUUUCAUCAUUGUGGCAUCAUACAAAGGCAAGGUACAAUACAGCAAAGAGAAGACGUACAAAUUGUAUGCAUAAAUAACAUUCAUAUCACGAUACACUAUUCAUCGUCAUAUAACAAUAUUAUACUGCACGUUGUUGGUAGAGUCUCAACUUUUAGUGCAAUCAGACGUAAUUAUUUUCCUUUCUUGACAUAAUAUCUCUUUAUUUUUGGAAUUUGCUGUGUAACAAGUUGUGUUUAUAUAGCUGACUUAGUUAAACCUACAUACAAUGAGUUGCAGUAAUCAAGUCUAGAUGAUAUGAAGGCAUGUAUGGGCGAUUCUACAGAAUUCGUGCAAAUUGCUGUCCCGGAACCAAAAAACUAAUUUAAAAAGCAGUAAUGUAGGAAAUUCUUUGAUAAUAAAAUAAUAGAAGCAAAUACCAAUCAAAACCCAAAGUAAUAUUUGAUGUAGCUGCAAGCUUUAUAUAUAAAAUAUCAUCAUUUAUAUGGUGCUUUCUAUUGAGAGGUGGUUGUCCCGAACGCUAAGG